AUGGACCAGAGGCUGGUUAAAGCUGCAAUAGAUGGAGAUGUUCACACAUUGCACAACCUAUUGGAGGAGGAUCCUCAAAUACUGGAGAAAGCGUGUUCAGUUCAUUUUGCAGAUUCACCUCUUCAUGUUGCAGCGAGAUCAGGGAAAGCAGAUUUUGUAAACCACAUCGUAACUCGAAUGCCUUCAUUAGCCACUGAGACAAACCAGCAAGGCAUGAUCCCAUUACACGUGGCUUCUCUACAAGGUCACGUUGAGACAGUGAGGGAGCUGUUGAAGGCAAAUCUUGGUGAAGAUGAUGGAGUGAAUCAGUGCCUUGUGAUGGACAGGGAAGGCUGGACUCCGCUGCACUGUGCAUCACAGAAAGGCAAUAUCAUGGUGAUGGAAGAGUUAAUCAGUAAAUGUCCUCAGUGCCUGGAACAAGUGACGGCAAAAGGAGAGACUGUUCUUCAUUUGGCAGUGAACGCCAAUCAAUUUGGAGCAGUGAACGUGCUGGCAGAGAGGAUCAGAAGGCUUCCAAAUUUCCAGACAGUGUUGAAAGCGCAGGACCAAGAAGGCAAGAGUGCCUAUCAACUGGCGGCAGCGAAGAGACAGUACCAGGUACUAGAGGUAUUGAAGGAAGAGGAGGAGGAGGGUGGUGAAAUAAGAGAGGAGCGUCGAAUAAACGUGGAGGGGGAGGGGAGUAAUAACGAAGCAUCUGAAAAAGAGGAAAGUAAUAAGGAAGGGCAGUCGCAGGAGGAUGCAAUACGAGUGGCGGCCGCCUUAUUUAUAACAUUGACGUACCAAGCUUUGGCAAAUCCUCCAUCAGUCUUUGUUAAAGACGGCAGAGUUACGGCAGACGGUACUCAAAACUGGUUGCUUUUUUGGUUCUUGACUAUGAACACCAUGAUCUUCCUCCUGUCAAUCCACGUCGUGGUUCCCACUUUGGCGCUGGGCCCAAGAAUGGGUCCUUUGCCAGUGAUCACGUUCUUCCUCGUCGCAUGUUAUGUCAUCUUGCUCGCGGCUUUACACGAUGAUAUAUGUCCAAAAUUUUUUGUUGCCAUUUCACUGAUAGGGCUCGUUUUCUUGUUAUGGUCACGAGCCAAAGAACAAAUCUCACACCUGGCAAGUAUGUUGGCAAGAAAAAUGGCGCCAAAAUUAAAAUGGAUAGAUGACAAGGUGUCCAUACCAUCAGCAACCUGGAUCUUAACCAACAUAUAA